AGCCUUUCUCUUUCAAAAAGGCGGAGACCUUGUCGAUGGAAAGCUUUAUAUGUGGGAAAUUCAUAAGAUGAUUGAGCAACUACGUUUUUCCAAGUUAAAGCCUUUACUUCUUAAACCCUAACAAGCAUUAACAGGUUAGGGAUUGUACAGGUCUUGAAUCAUCAUCAAUGGCUCUCCCAUCCCUUCGCCUUCGUCGUAUGCUGAGCUUAGUAAGAGCCUUUGCAACUUCAUCUUCUUCAACUGCAUUGGGAAAUUCUUCUGGUGCAGUUCUUUCUUCGUCAUUAUCAACAAAAUCGCACCUGUUUGGGCACAGCGAGCUAGUUGGGUUUGGAAAGCAGUGCCCUGCAUCGCGACAUCUGUUAGCUCGUUGCAGGUCAUGGAAAGAGCUGAAGGACUGCAAGCACUGGCUCAUUACACUAGAUUUUCCAAAGGAACCAAAGCCCACCCGGGAGGAAAUGAUUGACACCUAUGUCAAAACCCUUGCUGCCGUUCUUGGAAGUGUCGAGGAGGCUAAAAAGAAAAUAUAUGCCUUGAGUACAACCACGUAUACUGGAUUCCAAUGCAAGAUUGACGAAGCUACAUCAGAGAAACUCAAGGAUCAACCUCUUGUUAAUUGGGUGCUUCCAGAUGGCUAUGGUGACCCUGAACUUGGAAUAUUUGCAGGUGAUAGAUAUGACAAUGGGGUAAUAACACCUGAUCCAAAUCCCCCCAAGCCUUCCAAUGAGAGACCCAAACAGAGAUUUAAUGACAGGCCAAGGUAUGACAGGCAGAGAGCAGAAGGACAAGACAACAUGCAGGGUGAACGUCGAGAUUUUGGACCGAGAGACAAUAACAAUCAACGGCCAAGGGGACAAAGAGAUUCUAUGCAGGGAGAGCGACGUGUACCGGGUCCCAGAAGUUCCUAGUUUAUGUUCAUCUGUCUCCCGGGGGUCAUUAAAUUUGUAGUGUGGCUUUUGCACAGGAGGAUUGGAUGGUAGUUGCAGAACAUUUUGCGAAGGUUGGGAUAUGUGAUGUAUGUUUGCUUUGAAUACAUCUAUUCCUUAUACAAAGAUGCUUUUGGGAGAAUUUAUUAUUAUAGUGAGAUUUAGCAGACUACUCGUGUCAAUAUAUUAAAUCCAAUACGAAUUAGGGUAUUGUUCUUGGCUUAUUAAAUUUUUGUUCUCCCGUUUGAAAACAUUUUCAGCACUAUACUAUGGCUUUGCUUUCAAGCUUGAAGUACCGACAAGCUCACAUGAAUUCACUAUAUAUUUUCCGUGCUCAA